AUGCGCCGGCGGUGGCGGUGCGUGGCCAACAAUACAGACACGAUCGAGUACCUCGACGGCAGCACACGAACGACGACGACGAAGCCGCAGGAGCAUAUCAUCGGCGGCGCCGGCACGUACGCGGCGCUAGGCGCCCGUCUCGCCGCGGGUCAGCGCCACGCAGGCGCGGUGAGCUGGAUCGUGGACAUGGGGUCGGACUUCCCGGCCGAGUUCAAGACGACCAUCGAGACGUGGCGGACGCGGUGCGUGUUCCGGCGCGACGACGCCCGCCUGACCACCACGGCCUGGAACGGCUACGGGCCCAACGAGUUCCGCGCCUUCAAGUACCUCACCCCCAAACGCCGCUUGGACGAGCAUGCCCUCGACGACGAGCAGGUCUGGGCAAAGUCCUUCCACAUGGUUUGCUCCCCCGCACGGUGUAUGGCUCUUGUGAAGGGGAUCAUGGAGCGGAGGAGGGAAUUACGUCGUCGUCGUCGUCGUCGUCGACAUCUACGUUCUACUGUCAUGGGUGGAAAGGGAGAUGAUAAGGAGGAUGGUGGGGAUGAUGAUGACGAUGAGGAAGAUGAAGACAGACCGCUCUUCAUCUGGGAACCCAUCCCGGACCUGUGUACGCCGGAGGAACUGUCACGACUACGAGAUGCAGCGGCGUGUGUCGACGUGGUGAGCCCGAACGCAGACGAGCUCGAGGCGUUCUUCAAGGGGAUGCCCGAGAUCUCGUCAUCACGGGAACGCAUGGUCGCGAGCCUCCUGGGGCUGGACCGACGAGACAAUAACAGUGGAGAGCAGAAAGUGUGCUUGGGCACAGCAGCGGCAUUGGUGGUCCGUGAAGGCGCGCAGGGAUGCACCACGUACAUCGGGAGCACGAGAGGUCUACAUCUCCCGGCGUAUCAUCACCAGCGCAAAGACAAGGUCGUGGAUCCCACGGGCGGGGGCAAUACGUUCUUGGGCGCGCUGGCCAUCGGCAUGACAGGGACCACGACCCCAGGAGAAGAGGAGGUUCUCGGUCUUCCCGACGAGACUGUGUUUCGUGAGAAAAGGCUCUUGCUCGCACUGCUCCACGCCACGAUUGCCGCGGGAUAUGCCAUCGAGCAGGUGGGCAUGCCUGCCGUGUCGACGGAAGACGGUGACUGUUGGAACGGAGAGGCAUAUCCAGCGCGGUUCCGCGAGUAUGUCAAUAGAGAGAGGGAUCAUAUCCUUGCUCAACUCUCGAGCUCAUGCUGGUGA